AUGGCGUCAACAACACCCACCCGGGAACCGCCGUCCUCGCGCGACCGCCGUCUCCGCUCGCGCUCCCCUCGCUCGCGCCCAACUACGCCGCUUCGGCCCGCGUCGCGCAGCUCCCUCCGCGACAGCGCCCAGCGGUCCCGCGGCGCACCCUCGUCCCAUGCCCUCGACCGCCUGCAGGACGGCUUCGCCGAGCUGAGCGACGCCAUGGCCGAUCUGGAGCAGAACUUUGUCCAGCUGCAGCUCAUGCACGAGAGCCUGGCGCGCUUCACCGAGAGCUUUGCCGGCUUCCUGUACGGCAUGAACAUGAACGCCUUCUGCGUCGACUUUCCCGAGGUAGGCAUUGCGCAAGUCUGGGUCAGGAACAGGCAUGGCUUUUGCUUCGCCAAGCUGGAGGCCAAGCACUUUACAAGUCUGAGGCAAGAACAGCAGCUGAUGUUGGUAUCCAGGCACCCGUGCUGGACUCGUUCAGGCGCCCGCAAAACCACACCUCCCUCAACCCCUCCGCCCAUCUCCCCAACCGCCGCGCAUCAGCCGUCGACGACGCAGACGCCACCUUCCUCACCACAGACACAUCGUUUGUCGACAACCCGCCGAGCUCAAAGGUAGCGACCAAGUUCAAGAACGCCGCGAGCCCUGCACCGACGCCAAAGAAAACAGCACCAGGCAGAGCGAGGGGAAUACCAACGGCCCGCGGAAGAGGAGGCAUCUCCACCCGUGGCGGUGCGGCGAGGGGCGCAAGAGGGAGUGGAAUCGCAAGGGGGUCUGCAAGAGCAAGGGGCAGGGGCGUGUAG